CCAUAUAUACUGCAUAACCUUUAACCUUCCUUCUCCAACUCAUCAACCACUUCUACACCAUCACUCCCUCUGAAGCUCCCCCAGAAGCAAUGUCAUCUCGCAUUGUUGCGGACAAUUCAUUAGCGAUCAAUAAUGUCACCACUCCCUACUUCGACUUAAUGGAAAUGGACGACCUCACGCGCCGCCCCGCCUCCGCUGAGAUGCCCACCCUCGGCCAGCUCCUCAAGCACGUCGGGGACGCCAGGAAGGAAGCCUCCGGCGACGGAAGCGAGACGCCGGUGCAUCACGCGCUCGAUAUAGUUGACGCCGCCGGAGUUGGGCCUCGCUCGCUGCCAUUCGUCCUCUCCUUCAGCAACCUCACAUACAGCGUCAAGGCGCGCCGCAAAAUGAGCCUCUCCUCUGUCUUUCCAUGCCGUGGAAGCCGCCUCGGCGCGUCCGCGGUAUCCGAGGCUCCUGCCGUCGGCGAGAGCAUGUUCAGGCGGACCAAGACGCUCCUUAACGAUAUCUCCGGCGAGGCGCGCGACGGCGAGAUCAUGGCGGUACUCGGCGCCAGCGGUUCUGGAAAGUCAACACUGAUCGACGCGCUGGCGAACCGAAUCGCCAAGGGAAGUCUAAAAGGCACGGUGGCGCUGAACGGCGAAACGCUGGAAUCGCGUCUACUGAAGGUGAUCUCUGCGUACGUGAUGCAAGACGACCUGCUCUUCCCGAUGCUCACCGUGGAAGAGACUUUGAUGUUCGCAGCGGAAUUCAGACUUCCGCGCACGCUCUCCAAGUCGAAGAAAAACGCCCGCGUCCAGGCUCUCAUCGAGCAGCUAGGUCUUCGGAACGCCGCGAAAACAGUUAUCGGCGACGAAGGUCACCGCGGAGUAUCAGGCGGAGAGCGUCGGAGAGUUUCCAUCGGCAUCGACAUUAUCCACGACCCUAUCCUGCUGUUCCUGGACGAGCCAACCUCGGGACUUGACUCCACCAGCGCGUUCUUGGUGGUGAAGGUUUUGCAGAGAAUCGCACAGAGCGGAAGCAUCGUGAUCAUGUCCAUUCACCAACCGAGUUACCGAAUCCUAGGGCUUCUGGACCGCAUGAUCUUCUUAUCACGGGGCCAAACCGUUUACAGCGGUUCACCGUCGCAGUUACCGGUUUUCUUCUCCGAGUUCGGUCAUCCGAUUCCGGAAACCGACAACAGAACGGAAUUCGCGUUGGACCUGAUUCGCGAACUGGAAGGCUCCCCCGGCGGAACGAAGAGCUUGGUCGAGUUCAACAAAUCGUGGCAGAGCAUGACGAAGCACCAUCAAACGACAACUGAGGCGGAACGGAACGGGUUAUCGUUGAAGGAAGCAAUAAGCGCGAGCAUUUCGCGAGGGAAACUGGUUUCUGGAGCCACGAACACGAACCCGAACCCGUCGUCGAUGGUGCCAACUUUUGCGAAUCCGUUUUGGAUUGAGAUGGCGACGCUGUCGAAGCGGUCGUUCUUGAACUCGAGAAGAAUGCCGGAGUUGUUUGGGAUAAGAUUGGGUGCGGUGAUGGUGACGGGGUUCAUUCUUGCGACCAUGUUUUGGCAACUGGAUAACUCUCCGAAAGGAGUGCAAGAGAGGCUGGGAUUCUUCGCCUUUGCCAUGUCAACAACUUUCUACACCACUGCCGACGCGCUUCCCGUCUUCCUCCAAGAACGCUACAUUUUCAUGAGGGAAACUGCUUACAACGCUUACAGAAGAAUCUCCUAUUUGGUCUCGCAUGCGCUGGUUGCGUUGCCGGCACUAACGUUUCUCUCGUUGGCUUUCGCGGCAACCACGUUCUGGGCCGUGGGCCUGGACGGUGGAGUUUCGGGCUUUUUGUUUUAUUUCCUGAUUAUAUUUGCGUCGUUUUGGGCUGGGAAUUCGUUCGUGACGUUCCUUUCCGGUGUGGUGCCUCACGUGAUGCUGGGUUACACCAUCGUGGUUGCCAUUCUCGCGUAUUUCUUGCUGUUCAGUGGAUUCUUCAUCAACAGGGAUAGGAUUCCCAGUUACUGGAUUUGGUUCCACUACCUGUCACUGGUGAAGUACCCUUAUGAAGCUGUUUUGCAGAACGAGUUCGAUGACCCAGUGAAGUGCUUCGUGAGGGGGGUACAGAUUUUCGAUAACACGCCUCUUGGGUCGGUGCCCCAGGCUCUGAAGGUUAAGCUUUUGGACGCCAUGAGCAACACUCUCGGAAUGAACAUUACCACCUCCACCUGUUUGACCACCGGUUCCGACAUUUUGCGGCAGAACGGGGUCACCGAUUUGACCAAGUGGAACUGCUUGUGGGUCACCGUCGCCUGGGGAUUCUUCUUUAGAUUCUUGUUCUACUUCUCCCUCUUGCUGGGUAGCAAGAACAAGAGGAGCUGAUCAUCAUCAUCAUCCCUGAGUUUCAGUUUCUGCAUUUUUUUGUUUUUUUGUAAUUUCUCUAUUCUAUUUCUUCUGUUCUUGGCAAUCGACAAUCUGAUAAAAACUUGUAAUCUCCACUUUCAUAAAUUACUUAAUUAUUUU